AUGCUCAAUAAGCUGCAGGGUCAGCCGGAGAGCUAUGAGAAAAAGUCGUUGUACCGAUUCGGUCGAACCCUCGGCGCUGGCACCUACGGCAUCGUCCGCGAAGCCGACUCCCCGCAAGGCAAAGUCGCCGUUAAAAUCAUCCUCAAGAAGAGCGUGCGCGGAAAUGAGCAGAUGGUCUACGAUGAGCUGGAGCUUUUGCAGCGGUUGAAUCAUCCUCAUAUCGUGCACUUUCGCGAUUGGUUUGAGUCGAGGGAUAAAUAUUAUAUUGUGACGGAACUCGCAACUGGGGGAGAAUUGUUUGAUCGCAUUUGCGAGUAUGGGAAGUUUACAGAAAAGGACGCUUCGCAGACGAUCAGGCAGGUCCUGGAUGCGGUUCGAUACUUGCAUGAGCGAAGUAUCGUCCAUCGGGACCUCAAACCCGAAAACCUACUUUACGCUACCUCCUCCGUCGACUCGCCUCUUGUCCUUGCAGACUUCGGUAUUGCCAAAAUGCUGGAGAGCCCAUCUGACGUGCUUACAUCCAUGGCCGGAUCAUUCGGUUACGCCGCGCCCGAAGUCAUGCUCAAAGAAGGCCACGGCAAGCCCGCCGACAUGUGGUCCCUAGGCGUUAUCACAUACACACUGCUGUGCGGCUACUCACCUUUCCGGUCCGAAAACAUGUCCGAUCUAAUCGAAGAAUGCCGUCACGGCAAAGUCCAAUUCCACGAACGCUACUGGCGCGACGUCUCCGCGGACGCAAAGGACUUUAUCAAUUGGCUCUUGACGGCCGAUCAACACAAGCGUGCCACGGCGGAGGAAGCGCUGACCCAUCGCUGGCUCAAGGGUGACACUGCUUCAGACCACAACUUGUUGCCCGAAAUCAAAGCAUACCUUGCGCGCGCAAAGCUUCGUCGCGGUAUCGAAAUUAUCAAACUGGCGAAUCGUAUCGAAGCGCUCAAAAUGCAGGAAGAGGAUGAGGAGUUCAAUGGUGCGGACGUGCCCAGCAAUGUCGGCGAAGCUGCGAGACAGGCCGUCGAGAACCGCGACGCAUCAGAUAUUGUAUCUGCAUUCCCGGCAUUGUCAGUCACGAACCCGUCCGGCGAUGUCGGGGACGCAGAUACAUCCUCUUCCCAACAACCACAGGCGGGAGCCACUACCAAGAAGCGAAGUCUCAGCCGCGUUGCGCGAGGCGAUAUUUUCAGAGAAGUCGUCCUCGCAAAAGUGCGUGAUGCGAAGCAGGAACAGGAAGCGAAAACAAUCGAGGCGGAGGCUAUUCGGCGCGCAGAGGCUAACCGAUAA